CGUUUUCAGCUGCACAGUAUGUAAACACAGGCAGGCGGUUCUCAUGUAAACAGACACAUCACAAAAUUUUCUUUGCACUCAUAGAACAUGAGUAAUAUAUACAUACAAGAACCUUCAACUGAAGGAAAGGUUUUGAUGGUGACGAGUGCUGGAGACUUUGACAUCGAGCUGUGGUCCCGUGAAGCCCCAAAGGCAUGCAGGAAUUUUGUCCAGUUGUGCAUGGAAAGCUACUACAAUGGCACCAUCUUCCACCGUGUGAUUCCUGGCUUCAUUGUCCAGGGAGGAGAUCCGACAGGCACAGGAGAAGGGGGGGAAUCCAUCUAUGGAAAGCCCUUUAGGGAUGAAUUCCACUCUCGACUUCGUUUUGUCCGCCGUGGCCUUGUGGCCAUGGCUAAUGCUGGCCCUCAUGAUAACGGCUCACAGUUCUUCUUUACUCUGGGCCAGUGUCCAGAACUGCAGAACAAACACACAAUCUUUGGCAAGGUGACAGGGAACACCCUUUACAACUUGCCGAGAUUUGAGGAGGGAAUCAUUGGAAAAGUAAAGUAUCCACACAAGGUCAUCAAAACUGAAGUGCUGAACAAUCCAUUCCCAGAUAUUUUACCACGUUUAGCAAUAGACAAUGAAAUACCUAAAGAAGAGAGAAAGAAAAAGAAAAAGGGAACAAAGAAUUUCAAGCUGCUCUCCUUUGGCGAUGAAGCAGAAGAGGAGGAGGAGGAGGUCCUAGCAGCAACUAAAAACUUCACCACCAAAGGCAACUCAGCUCAUGACAUUGCCAUGGAUCCCACUCUCUCUGCCAGCACGGGUACCAGCAAGGGCAGUGCUAAUAGCGAAAUGUUGGACAAAAUAAAGAAAAAACUACGUAAAGAAGAGCCCCAAGAUAUUAUAAAGAAUGAAGUUCUAGAGCCACAAAAAGUGAAAGAAGAGAGCAUCCCAGAGCCAGAAGACAAAUUCAUAGAGGAAGAGGAAACUAUUACUCAAGAGAAGGCCAGAAAGAUGGCCGAGAUGCAAGCAGAGAUAAAGAAACUUAAGCAGGAAAUCACGGGAAAAGUUCCCAAAGAAAGAAGGGAAAGCAGUAAGGAGGAAGAAGAAGUAAAAGAGAGUGAUACCCUGAGAGAAUUUAAGAUGGAGAAGGCUAAGUAUGAAGAAGAAAAGAAGAAGCUUCCACGCAAGGGCGCUUCGCGAGAGAAACAGACCUUGGCUCUCCUGGAGAGGUUCUCAGCCAAGGUGCAAAAGGCUUUUAACGAAGCUGAAAGUGAUGAGGAAACUCCUGCAGUUGAUGAGGGAGACGACAAUGAUGACACGUGGUUGCGCCACAAAUUCCACUUCAAUGACACCAACCCUGUUUUAGCUAAAGACGCAAGCACUAAGAGUGAUAGCUGGUAUGACAUGGAUGAUCCAAGAAACCCUAUAAACAAGAGAAGAAGAGAUGAGACCAACAAAGCACAGAAGAAGACCAGAAAAUGAGGUUCCAGUAUUGAUGAUGAAGUAAUAUUGUAAUUGAGGAUGGAAUGAUGUAUUGUAAUUAAUUGCAGUUAAUUUUUAUUGUUCUGAAGUCAGCAGCUCGAAACAAGGCUGAGUGUGGUGUGCAUGUAGUUCAAAGAGUGUUUGUGCAAUGAAUGUUGUAUAGAAAUAAAGCUUAAUUCUUCUCUCAUCUCCUCUCCUUUCCUAUUUUCUUUUCUUUCUUUUUUUUCUUGCCGCUUUAUUCCUUUCUCACUUUGAAGCACAUUUACCUUAGGUUUGAUUCCAUCCUCAGCCUCAUUUGCCUAGUUUAUUCUCUUCAUAUCAAUUAUAUAUUUGUACAAAGAACAAAAAGUGGUAAUAAAGAUGUUACAACUA